UUUCUACAUUUUUAAAUUUGAUUAAAUUAGUUUGUUAUAAUUUUCACAAUAUAUUGAGUGUACUGAUGUACUUAAUUCACUAUGGAACAUAGUAAUAAGCCUAUAAAUAAGAAAAUAAAACAAAAACUAUUAUAGUCAUUUAUUAAUUUAUUUAGAUAACCUAAAUUUAAAUGAAACUUCUACAAGGCCAAGUCCAUGUAAAAGUAAAUAAAUAAAAACAACAUUCACCCAAAUAUUAGUUGUUAUUCUUUCGAACUUGUGUAAUAAAUGAUAAGUUGUAGUCAAAUGUAAACACAAAGUGCAAUGCAAUAUCUACUUACAAGAAAUUCAACUGAAAAGAAACUAUUGAACUGACCAAUUGAAUUACAAAUUUAAAUAGACAUUUAUGAAAUUACGUCUAAACUAUUAAACAAUAACACCAAACAAUUGUCAUCUUCGUGAAAUCGAUGCAGUUUUAUAUUUUUCGGUGAACAAAAAUUGGAAAUUCUAUUUAUCGCCCCUCAAAACAAAAUAACCAUCCCUCUUAACACGUUUCAUAAAUUUAUAAUUAAAAAAUAAAUAAGAAGAAAAUUAUGAAUUCCGACCAUUAAACAACAUGAUUUAUAAUUUAUGAAUUUUAAGGAUACAACAUUUUCCAUGUCCAGCACAAAGUUAAAUUUAUUUAAUCAUUAACAAAUAGUUGCUUGCGGUAACAAUUGCGUAUCGGUGUCGGUGUUUUCAAAAAAUAAGAAGACUUACUUCAUAAAGGUGUUGAAAUAUAAAUUUUAAAAACUAAAAAAAAAUGUGGAAUAAUUAUAAUAGAAAAAAGAAACAGGACGCAAUAUUUCUCAAUGUUAAACCGGUUGCGAAUAAUAUUACUGUACGGAAAUAUUCGAAUGGUUUGAUGGAUCGAUUAGAUAGUGGAUUUGGAAAUUAUAACAAAGAAAAAAGAACCAGUCGCCAAUCGAUAUCAACUAUUGAUUCCAUGAAUCAGCAAUUUUUACCAAACGUAUUUUAUCGAAAUAUUGCUCCCAUAAAAUGGUUUUUAAGCAUAAUUGGAGCCCUGCCGAUGAAACGGUCUGGACCAGGAAAAGCUAAAUUCGUCAUUGGAUCGAUUAUUUUUGCUUAUUCUAUUGUAUUCUUUACAUUUCUAAUGAUUUACGUUGCCUAUGUUGCAAACAAUCGUAUCAUAAUUGUUACAUCACUAAGUGGACCAUUUGAAGAGGCCGUCAUUGCAUAUUUGUUUCUGGUUAACAUAUUACCAAUAUUCAUAAUACCAAUAAUAUGGUGGGAAACUCGUAAAAUAUGCCGUCUCAUUAAUGAUUGGGAUGAUUUCGAAAUACUUUAUUAUCAAAUAUCGGGUCAUAGUGUUCCCUUGAAUUUAAGACGCAGAACACGGAUCAUAGCUGUUGCUUUACCUAUACUCUCAAUACUUUCGGUGGUAAUUACACAUGUAACAAUGGCGGAUUUUGAUUUGAUACAGGUUGUACCCUACUGUAUUUUGGAUAACUUAACAGCUAUGUUGGGAGCCUGGUGGUAUCUUAUUUGUGAAGCUCUAAGUACUACAGCUAAUAUUUUAGCAGAGCGUUUUCAAAAGGCCUUGCGUCAUAUUGGUCCCGCAGCUAUGGUUGCCGAUUAUCGAGCGCUCUGGUUAAGAUUGAGCAAAUUGACACGUGAUACUGGCACUGCAACUUGCUACACAUUCACCUUUCUAAAUCUAUAUCUAUUUUUCAUAAUAACUCUUUCCAUUUAUGGCCUAAUGUCACAACUUUCCGAAGGAUUCGGAAUCAAGGAUAUUGGUCUAGCCAUUACAGCGUUAUGGAAUGUCUGUCUUUUAUUCUUUAUCUGCGAUCAAGCUCACUAUGCCUCCUUCAAUGUUCGUACUAAUUUUCAAAAGAAAUUACUUAUGGUUGAAUUGAAUUGGAUGAACUCCGAUGCUCAGACUGAAAUCAAUAUGUUUUUACGAGCCACCGAAAUUAAUCCCUCGAACAUCAAUUGUGGUGGAUUCUUUGAUGUUAAUCGAAAUCUAUUCAAAGGGCUACUAACAACAAUGGUUACAUAUUUAGUGGUGUUGUUACAGUUUCAAAUUAGUAUUCCAACUGAUAUACGAACUUUUAAUCGGAAUGUAACAAUAACCGAAGACAUUUCAAUGUCUGAUUCUAGUAUGAAUAGUGAGGAAAUGGAUGUUGAUAUUAUGACAACAAUGAUGACAACUCUAGCCACAACGACAACAACAAGAGCUGCUGUGCCACCUGGUCGAGGUCGGAAGGGAUGAAUUAUUGAUAACAGUUGUGAAAAUAUCUUGAUGCAAUAUAUAGAAUUAGUUGUUUUUUUUCGAAAUUUUUAUUAUAACGUAAGAAAAAAAUAAAUCAAUAUUCAUUCUCUCUUUUAUUUCCUGAUUUAUAUUUUGUAUAUUUAUCCGUAUAUCAAUUAAUAAAAUUCUUAAAAGCUUGUAAAAUAAAAUUACCUUUGUAAUGUAGUUUGUAAUUUCAACGUAGUUUUGGAUUAUUCAGACUAUU